AACACCAUGUUAGCAGCUUUAGUGGAGCAGCUGAAGAAGACUGGACUCCAAGCUGCUCCAGCUGAUCACUGCUAUGCUGGACCUGAAGAUGUGGCCUGUGAUGUCUGCACUGGGAGGAAGCUGAAAGCCAUCAAGUCCUGUUUAGUCUGUCCAGCCUCUUACUGUGAGAAACACCUCCAACCUCACUAUGAUGCAGCUCCAUUAAAGAAACACAAGCUGGUGGCCCCCUCCAAGAAGCUCCAGGAGAACAUCUGCUCUCGUCAUGAUGAGGUGAUGAAGAUUUUCUGUCGUACUGAUCAGCAGAGUAUCUGUUAUCUCUGCACAAUGGAUGAACAUAAAGGCCAUGAAACAGUCCCAGCUGCAGCAGAAAGGACUGAGAAGCAGAAGGAGCUCGAGGUGAGACGACUAAACAUCCAGCAGAGAAUCCAGGAGCGAGAGAAAGAUGUGAAGCUGCUUCAACAGGAGGUGGAGGCCAUCAAUGGCUCUGCUGAUAAAGCAGUGGAGGACAGUGAGAAGAUGUUCACUGAGCUGAUCCGUCUCAUCCAGAAAAGAAGCUCUGAUGUGAAGCAGCAGGUCAGAUCCCAGCAGGAAACUGAAGUGAGUCGAGUCAAAGAGCUUCAGGAGAAGCUGGAGCAGGAGAUCGCUGAGCUGAAGAGGAAAGGCGGCGAGCUGGAGCAGCUCUCACACACAGAG